CUAUAUUAGAAAAUUGUAAAAAGUCACAUUUUUGUAAAAUGUCUUCUUAUUCCCUAACCGAUUUCGAUUCAGAAGGAAGAGGUGAUGUUGCUAGAUGGUUUUUCGCUAUGAAUUUGAUACCUUUUCACGAUAAUAGAAUAUCAUUAAAUAGCUGGUAUUGUAAUAGUAAACUAGCUGAAAAUACUCCAUUUGGUAAACUACCUGUACUAGAAAUCGAUGGAUUAAAGAUAUGCCAAUCCAAAGCAAUUGGAAGACUUUUGGCUAAAAGAUAUGGCUACUACGGUAGGAAUGAUUUGGAGCAGGCCAGAAUAGAUAUGGUUGUAGAUUGUAUAGCCGAUGUAAUGGAUCGUGGUCUUCAUAUAUUUUUUUACAUGGAUGAGGGAUCUAAAAAGCAAAAAGAACUAAAGGACUUUAUAGAAACAACCCUUCCAGAAGGAGUCGCAUGUCUCUCAAAUAUUCUUGACGAAAAUCAGUAUGGGACUGGCUUCGUAGGAGAAACUCUAACAUGGGCAGAUUAUGAAUUUGCAUCUCAAUUUUCUUGGUUAGAAAUAGCUGGACAUGUUGUGAAUUUACCAUCAAAUUUAAGGAAUUUAAUGAACACUGUUCUAAAUAUUCCACAGAUAAAGGAAUACAGAGAAAAUUACGCUAAACGAAGUCAGCAUCUGCAACAAGUUAUGUCUUCUUAUAAAUUGUAUUAUUUUGAUUUCCCUGGAAGAGCAGAAGUUAUUCGAUGGCAGUUUUUAUUGGCAAAAGUGCCAUUUGAAGAGGAGCGUAUACCUAAGGAGAAAUGGGCAGAUCUUAAGCCCAAAUAUCUAAGUGACUUGCCUUUCGGACAACUACCUCUUUUGGAAGUUGAUGGAAAGAAACUGUGUCAAUCGGGAGCAAUUAAUAGAAUGUUGGCAAAGAAAUUUGGUAACUAUGGAAAAAAUAUUGAAGAAGAAACCAGGAUUGACAUGGUUAUCGGCUGCAUGUCAGAUGUUAUUGAACCAGCUGUUGUGAUAUACAUAAGAAAUAAAGAUUCCCCUGAUUUCGAGAAAAAGGCGGCAGACUACGAAAAUAGAGUUUUGCCCGAAGGUUUAGCUAAACUUGAAAAGCUUCUAGAACAAAACAAUGAGGGUAUUGGAUUUGUUGGUAAAGAUAUUACCUGGGCCGAUCUUGAACUUGUCGUACAGACCGGUUGGUGCAAGAGUAUUAACUUGAAACCAAACUUCCCACCACGAAUUCAAAAACUAAGGGAACACGUUCUACAAAUUCCAGAAAUUGCUGCUUAUGUUGCAAAAUAUGACAAAUAA